CGAGCUGUGAGAAUGACACGAAUAAUGCGCGUGCGUGUGUAGUGUAGUGUAAUCCAUAUCUCUGCAAGUAGUAUCUCAGGGUUACUGACGUGUGUGCCCGCGCUCUUAUAUCUGUGCGCUCUCGCUUUACGCGCAGUUUGAUGGCGUCGCCGCGCACUCCUCUCUGUGUUCUUCGAUAAUCGCUUAUCAUCUGACGGUUUAUGGACGGCGUGGACCAGAUAUUAUGAUAGCACGUUGUCGGGGUUGGUUCUACAACAUCUAAGCCAAAGUGUUCUGUGGAAACUGUCACUGCGUGAGCUCCGAACCGAGCCGUGAGAGAUAAGAGAAGAAGUUUGCCAGAUACAGGUGCGAUCUCUCUUUAACUCCAGCUAAUGAUCACAGACACGGAUCUGGACGGCCGGAUUCCAGUAGAUCAUAUCAGAUCUAACGCAAGAUGAAGUCUGCCGGAGUUGGUGAUGAAGGACUCUUUACGGAGAGCUACUGUAACAUCUGCAAUGCUCAGCUGAUCUCCGAGUCCCAGCGUGUGGCACACUAUGAGAGCAAGAAACACGCCAACAAAGUACGUCUGUUCUACAUGCUCCACCCAGAAGAUGGAGGUCCACCAUCCAAAAGACUGAGACCAGACAAUCCGGACAGUGCAGAGAAUGAGGUGGACAGAAACAAAUGCUGUACGCUCUGCAACAUGUUCUUCACUUCUGCCAUCGUGGCUCAGUCGCACUACCAGGGCAAAACGCACGCUAAGAGAGUUCGCUUGGUGCUGGGGGAGACGCCAAGUCUGCCAGCAUCCACAGAUUCAGCCCCGCCCACUCCUCUGACCACAGACCCGCCCCCUCCCUCGUGGCAGCCGCUGACCAAUCAUGGUGAGGCAGGCAAGUACUGCUGCUUGUGUGGCGCCUGGUUCAACAACCCACUGAUGGCACAGCAACACUACGAAGGCAAGAAGCAUAAGAGAAAUGCGGCACGGGCACGACUACUGGAGCAGCUGGCUGGCAGUCUGGAUGUGAAUGAAAGCACAGGCCUGCGCCGGAGUUACUCGUGUAGCGUUUGCAACGUGGUGCUGAAUUCCAUCGAACAGUAUCACGCACAUCUCCAGGGCUCCAAACACCAAAACAACUUGAAACAACAUCAGCAAUGAAGAACUGGAAGUAUUGCAUCUGAAAGAGAAGAAUCAGAGCAUUUCAGGAACUUACAGAACUGCACAAACUAAUUGUAAACUACUAAGAAAAGACCUCUUGUUUUGCCACAGGAAUCGUUCACCUACACUGUCUGAGGUUACGCAAAUCUCAAGUGUUUUAUGUUUUUAUUCACAAUCAAAAUCUAAAAGAUCAAUCUACUUUGGGAAUAUCAUCCAUCCUUCCAAGAGUGUAAAGCAAAAGGGUGUCUGAUCAAUCCAAUGAUAUUCAUCAUGUAACAUGAGCACACCAGCCUGAGCAGACAUGCAACGGUCCUGCAACUUUAAUUUUUGCCUUUCAAACUCUAUGCAGUGGCCUGCCAUUUUCUCUGCUCUUCAAAAGAGACAUUCCUGCUUUAGCUGUUGGUUUUGGCAUGCCGGUGACAAAAGAGAUCAUCAACCUUUUUCCAAUGACUUUGUUGAGUACGUCUCUCACUUGUGUGUGAAUGUUGCCAAUGAGGAAUCAAUUCAUCUGCCUUUGUGUGAAAUCUCUCUCAGCUGUGGUUAAAAACAAUAUUUCAGCACUAAUUUCAGCACUGUUAACACAGACUAAAUGCACGUCCUGUUUAUUCACACCCCAUUCAGUAUUGCAUAGGGCAGAACAUUCCUAUAGAGCUGUGAUGCUGCUUAAACACUGAUGUCAAAUGGAAUAUGCCAUCAAAAGGAGUCCAGGCACAAUGAGUUGGCAUUUUACAUCCCUGACUCAAUCAUGGAUGAUUCACAUGGAUAUAAAUGUGUGAACCAGGCUCUGAGCUUUGUCUAAAUCUAUGCCAAAAUGACAGCCUGUAAAACCAGAGCUUAGUGCCUGCUGUUUCAAGUAUGAAUGCUCU